UCUCCAGAGGUGCUAAUGCUGUGAACCUAUAAAAGCAGUAGCCAUGGAAAUCCAAACCAAAGAAAUGGAGCCGGGAGAGAAAUCCCCUGAGUCCAAAGACUUGCUGCCCAGCCAAACAGCCAGUACCUUGUGCAUCAGUUCUCGGAGUGAGUCCAGCUGGAAUACUCGUCCCCGGAAUAAAUGGGACAUUUACCACAAACCAGUCAUCGUUCUCUCGGUAGGUGGGGCAGUGUUUCUCUUUGGGAUUGCCAUUACUAGUCUGACUUGCCUCACCCUGGACAGAAACAACAACACAACCAGCAUAAGCAAGAACAUGGUCAACAAAACCAGCAACAUAACCAAGGAGGUGUUUAAGCUGUGUGGUCCAGCCUUCCUUUCUCUUGGCCUCAUGAUGCUCGUGUGUGGGCUUGUCUGGAUCCCCAUCAUCCGCAAGAAGCUGCGGCAGAAGCAAAAAUAUCCCAUUCUCCAGAGCAUUAAGUCCUUCUUCCUCAACCGCUGAAGGUAGCUUCUCUUGAAUUUGGCCACAAGGCCACUUGAGCAGGCUAGGUCCUUUUUGUUCCAAUGUCCUGCAAGUCAAACCAACUCUGUUCUGAAGGUGAGAUCACCCUUCUCUUCCUUUUGUCUGUUUAGGACUAGCCCAUUUCUGGACAGAAAUCACCACUGCUGUCCCUGGGCUGUCCACCACCUUUUCAGCAAGAGGAGCACAUCUUUCCAUUGCCAGAUGACCACC